GCAUAAAAUAAAUAAUCUAAAUUAAUACCAAUGUCGCAAUCAAACUGAAAUUGAUCAUCGCUAUAGGUGGUACAUUUACUGAAAGACUUACUCAUAACUUUAAACAAGUUACACCAACUCGAUCGCUCUGUGAAGAUCAUUGGAGAAAGCUUCGUUUAAUAUUCAUCGCAACUUCGUAAAGGAUUUGGAGUCAGGACGUGUCUCUAGACAAACUUUGGAGUACUGACAAUAACGCAAUUAUAUUAGAUUGUCUGUUGACCACUUAAUGGAUUGUUUCUAUUUGUAAAACAAACAGUCAUAUUGAUGUUAUUUUAGAUUCUGGAAGAAUUUGAAAUAUAUGCGCCCGCAGUAAAUGUCAGAUUUUUUUUCUACAGAAAAGGUAAAUCGAAAAGAGAAUUAAGUAGAAAGCGAUAUAUUUGAUGAUUUUUCUGCUCUAGGAAGAGAAGAAGCGAUUUAUGUGCUUAUUAAUAUUGUAAACGCCAACAUAGAAGUGAAUUAUAGACAAAAGAAGAAAAUUAAGUCUGGAGUUUCGAUUGCCUAUCAUGUAUUGGUAGUAAUUUUGUAAAAAAUAAUCAAAGCGUUUGUAUUGCUGUCAAGUUUGAAAAAGCUGAAGAAAAAUACUAUAAACAGUUACAGUAGCGGCUUUAACAGUGCUGAAAAAAUGGUCUGUUUAUUCUGUAAGAUUGUAGUAAUAUAUAACAACCGUUUUCAAUAGAUAUAAAUGUGUUUCUAAUUAUUUACAUAAGAACAGAUCUAAUUAGCACCGAUGAUAUGUGAAGGUAUUACUUUUUGUGACAUAAGCAUGCGUCCAUUCAGAGUAAUGCUAAAGUAAGGUCACGUCUUAUGAUCUGCAAAUAAUAUUUUCACAAGUAUUGUGAAUUUUUCAUCUCUUCUGGAAUUUAUGUGAAAUGAAAAUUACAUUGUGCCUGAAGAUUAAUAUUAAAAAGUUUUCUGAACAAUCAUGACAAGGAUGAAGUGUAGAUUUAAUGACGUUGGACUUUGGAUAAUUUUGAGGUCGUUCUAUGAUGCGUUAUUGAUUCAACUUUUAUUUUGCUGUGUGUGGAGUGUCACAUCAAUGGCGACAAUAAAACCUGUUUUCAAUAAAACUCCAGUUAAUGUAACAUUUUACCGUGGCGAAACAGCGACCUUACCAUGUUCUGUUAGUAAUCUGGGCUCCAGUAGUGUGGUAUGGAAAAGAAUAGACGAGCCACACGUGUUGACAGUCGGAGAAUUUGCUUUUGUUAGUGAUCCCAAAUUUAGUGUAAAAUACAUUCCAUUCCGAGAUGAAUGGAAUCUAAUUAUAGAUCAUGUGGAACCAAAACAUUCCGGUCGGUAUGAAUGUCAAAUAAGCACAAAAGACGAUAUUGUCAGAUAUGUUGACCUGAAUGUAAUAAAUGAACCAGGCCAUGACAGCAAGCACGUAAAUAUUGAUGGUCCACACUUAGUGGAGAAAGGACAUCCAAUAAGACUUACUUGUAAUGCUUCAGGAAAUUCCAGGUCACCGACAGAUAUAAACUGGUAUAUUGGUGGCAAGCGUUUAUAUGAUGGUUUCAAUCAUAAUGUGAGGAUAAUAACAUAUCCUAGAUCUGACGUCAAUACUUUAUAUAGCGAACUACGUAUAACAAAAAGUGACACUGAGGAUAGUGGAACAUACGUUUGCCAAACAACAUUUUACAAUGACAUUCUUAAAGUUGCGAAACAUAACUUAUCAGUAAUAAUUGCCGAUUCUAAUCAAACGAAACGAGGAACAAUGGCAGAUGGUUCUGUUAAUUUAGUCAAAGACAAUAAGCGACCUUCUUCUCGGAACACAGGAAAUACUUCUAGGAGAUUAGAAAUGGCUCUUAUGCCUUAUCUUUUCACAUUUUUGGUGGCAUGGUGCUUUGCACAAUAAUUUUGUAAAAGAUUCGUUGUUAACUGAAACAUUAAAUUACAUCAGUGUUUGACUGAAUACAGUAUACAUUCAAAUUGAAACAUUUAGUUCUAUGAAAAGCAUUACAUUGCCUUCGACAGUGAAAUCAGUAUAUAUACAUGUAUAUAUAAAUUAUGUUACAUAAUAGCUGGAAAACUGUUGAAUCACAAGUACAUGUACAUACUUAUCUUUAACAUGUACCAUGUAUUAUAUUAUAAUGUAUUGUGUAUAAACAAUGUAUUACCGUGUCGGUAAAAAUGUCUUAUAAACGGGAAUAUGAAAUAUAAAUUGCAAUUGAUUUAAAGGAGCACCAGCCACGAAUUAUAAAAAAAAAAUAAUCAUGAUUUUUUGUUGUUGAACAUGAAUGGAAGUUAAAUAGUAAAAUACUCGUUCAUUUUUAGUGUUAGUCUCGUUCAAUUACAUGACAACAAUAAUCCAAGAAACUUCACUGAUGGAUAUUUUACUAAGUGAAUAAUUUGGCGUAAUUGACGCAUUAAUUGUUUGACUUUAAUUUAAACGUUCACCUUAGGAUUAGGUACGCAUAAAAUAUGCGUGUUCGACUAUUUGACGGAUAUUAUGUCAACAUUGAAAGGUAAAAGGAUAAACCAUUUGGUUGACUGAUUCGAUCUAUAAAAAACUCAUUAUUACACAGCUAAAGUGAUAACUGUUAAAUAUUUAUCAAAUCAAACAGACCUAUAAUAUCCAAAUGAACGUGUUCGCUAUCUAUAGACAAACAUAUAAAUAUUUCUAUCGAAAUAAAUGACUUUCGACCUCGAUUGUUAUUAGAUGGCGUCUAGGCUAAAACACGCACGAAAUUCUGAUACAUAUUUAUUAUCGAGGACAUGUAUCGAAUUCAUGUUAGACUUUUUUCAUGAUUUGAUCUACAUUUUAAUCUGACAUUGUCAUAUGUUGACCAAAGCAAAAAACCCUAUCUUACUGCGUGUAAUAUUAAAGCGUAAAUACUAAACUCACUUAAAAUCCAUCACCGACCGUUUUAUAAUGGGUUGUGUUGUUAUUUUUAUUCGUGCUCGACCUACACAAUAGAAAUCAUAUGUAGAGCAUAACAAGUCCAUGUAAAAUAUAACAGUUUAUCCCUUUUGAACCAUUGACAAAGUUCCCAAUGGUCACAAAUUCAACUGAAAACACUUCACAUCUUCCCAUUCCAAAAAUCAGCUAUAAAUUAUAGUACAUUUUAUACUUUUUAUAUAACAAUAUGAAUAGCCUGAUUACAUUUUGUAGUAAACCUUUAAUAUUUAAAUGCUGUUGACUAAGGUUUUAAGAAUUUGUAAAACAGGCAUUUUUAUAUGUAUCCAAUGGCAUACAUUAUUACACUUGCUUACAUUCAACUAUGUGUCCCUUGUAUAGGUGCUUUGCAUAUAAAAUGAUGUCAUAAUUAAUUUAAUU